AUUUAGUCUGUGUUUCACUCUUCGUCGCUUAAGGGCAUAAGAAGCGGAGUUGCUUGCGAAUUGUAAACAAAUCGCGGAAAAGCUGUCAAAUUCAUUCAAAUCAUUGACAUUUGAUAGUAGCCGAUGAACCACAAGUUAUAUUUCAAUAGUUUUCGCUACUAGAUAAGUUAAUAAACGAGUUUAUCGAGUCGUAGAAGGCCAUCCAAUGACGAUUAAGUAAAUCGACAAAAACAGUCAAAAUGAUGGGAGUAAGCCAGAACAUGGAACUGAAGGAACUCUCUACAGAGGAAGCUUUGAUGCGAACCCUAUCCUCAGAGCUCGGCAAUGAAGUGGAACCUCACUCCACCCCUGCCAUUCUCAAUGAAUCCAGUCGAACGUCUGUGGAUGAAGUGGAUCUUUGUGAUCUAACCAAUGGCGUCGAUAGCUCCGAUAACGUCAAAGUUAUUGACAAACCAAAAAAGAUAUCGGACCGAGAGCGUAAUCCAGGUAGCGAUUUGGACGCUCUUCUGGACAAGAUUAGCUCUAUUGUGGAUUGUAGUCCCAAAAAUUCCGAUGAUAUUGAUUUACUCGAUAGAGGCGAGGAAUGCGACUCUGUGUCGGCGAAGAAGAGAACAGCUGGUGAUACGGACAAAAAUCUAAAAGAGCAAAAAGAAAAACCAGAAGAAGAAGAACAAGGUGAAGAUGUGCUUAGUUCUCUAGAAGGAGCAGAGUGCAUCGAUCCUGAUUCUGAGUUAAAGACUGAGGAGAAAUUAGAAGAAAAUGAAGAACACGCUUCAGCCAAAGAAUCCACACAGAAAACCGAAGAUUUAGCUGAUUCAGAUGAAAUAUUAAAGUCAAAGGAAGAAGAUGAAGUCGCAGCCCAUACUGCGGAAAACAUUGAAAAAGACGGUAAAAAUACAUCAACAGAAGAUGUGUUUAUGUAUGCUUUAGACUGUAUUUCGAGUGCCGAGUCCUCUCAGGACUCCAAGAAGGUAAAGCCAAGCAAAAAACUAAACACGGAAGAUAACUCUUCUGCCAAUGACUUAGAAGAUAUUUCAUCUGAUGACGAUGAUAUAAUUAAGGAAAAUGAAAAACCCAACACUGAGGUUAUAGAUUUAGAUUCGUCGAGUGAAUGUGUGCCUUGCGAAACGGAAUCGGAGGUCGAGGAAAUUGCAGCUAACACAGAAGAUACCGAAGUCGUUACUCACGGUAAGGUUUCUGCGAAGAAAUCAUUGAAUUUGCAAAGUAUUAUCUCAGAAAAGUCCGCGAGUGCGGCCGAAUAUGAGCCUGUCAAAGCUGAUGAACAUUUAACAGAAGGUGACGAUCCCAUGUUAGUUGGAGACGAGGUAACCGAAAAGUCGAAAGAGUCUAUCCCAAUCCAGAGCGAAGAGUCAAUGGAAAUCGAUGAACCGGAUGAAUCCAAGGAAUCCGAGGAAGAAGGGCAAAAGGAAAAAGAAGAGCCUGGUUACUGCAAGAAAGCAAAAGAUUCAGAAGAGGCGAAGGAAAAAGAAAAGCCGGAGAUGAAAACCAUACAAGCUUCGAAAAGAGCAGAGAUACUGGGAGACACCAAGGGAAAGGAAGAUCCAAACCCAUCCCAGGAUGUGGAAGAUGUUAAGGACACAGAAGAGCCAGAAAAUAAAAAGGAAAUAGAACAGACUGGAGAGCUUGAGGAACCUGUGGUGAUCGAAGGUGAAGAAACAGAAGAUCCCAAAAAGAAAGUCCAAAAGGAAUUUGAUGCUCGAACUCAAGCCCAAGAAGAAAAGAAGGCUGCAGAGGAUGAACCAGAAGGCGACAAGGAACCCACGACAAAUGGAGUAUGCGAAAUUUCUACUGAUGGAAAUUUAAAGCAUUUAGAAAGCAAGGAAUCAACGGCUGUUGAAGAGGAGACCAAAGAGACGGAGUCCGAUGACGAAGUUAUAUUCUUUGAACCCCUAGAGAAGACCGAAAAUGUGGGCACCACAGCCAAUCCAACGAACGAAAAUUCUGUGAAACCACAAGCUAAGGAUGACGAAGUUGUUCUCGUCUCCGAGGAUGAGGAUGAAACACCGCAGAAUAAGAUACCGGAAAAGGAAGUUCAAACUACCCAAAAGGAAACAGCUUUAAAAGAACUUUCCAAUGAGUCCACUACAGAAUCAGGUGAAGCUAAGGACCUACAAAUAGACAACUCCGACAAUGCGUGCGAUCAGUUUGAGAAACUGAAGACCCAUGAUGUGGUAAAGCAAACUGCCACAGAAGAUGGGAACAGUAAUUCCAGCAAUCUAUUGCGACCCGCCGAGUACACGGAAGACUCGGCUCCAAAACGGCUGCGUCUCAGUACCGAUGAAAAAAAUGAAUUCGAAAUGGAGACGAAUCAAGAUGCAUCACCAAAACUCAGCAGAGCAAAGGAUGGUUUAAAGGAUGUAACCAAGCGGAGCCAUGAACAUCUGGACAGCAGCCCUCAGGAGGAAAUACCCAAUAAGAAAGCUAGGACUGAAGACUCCGACUCAAAUAGCUCCCACGAAGGCACGCUACAGAUUGAUAUGGGUGGACAGGAUGACAAAGAAGAAUCCCCCAAAAAAGAAGUCCAAAAAAAACUCGACUUCGACCUUAACCCCGUUCCAGAAAUUAAACAGAAUGUUAAGCCUCUGCGCUUGGAAUUCUUUAAGACCUUCCGACGUAGUUUCGACACAAUGACCCGUGACGACCUGGAGGAGCUGGUGCUGCAGAAGGUCGUCGAGGCGAUGAUGGUUAAAAGUGAUUUCGCAGAAAUACGUAUGCAGCUGGAAAAAUGCGAGAGCACUCUCGUCAAUUAUCGACGCAAGAUUGCCGAGGUGUCGAAGCAAUUCCUGGAUUUGGAGACGGUGCACAAGCGUGUGCUUAAGGACUUGGAGGCUAAGAACUCUCAUUUUACCGCUCCUGUGCGGAUAACACGAGCUGUUGGUCUUCAGGUGGGCAUUCCGUUCAAGGCCAUAAAGCCCACCGUCGCCGCUCCAGAGCCAACGCAUGCUGCUGGCAGCGUGUUGGCUCCGCCCAGCGGAACGCCACCCAAGGCCAGCACCUCCCCGACGCGUGCGUCCGUGCGACCAAGACCUCCUCCGCCUCCCUUUGGACCACCCACAUCCUCAUCGGAAACGGUUGCGGGCGUCAGUGUCUCUCAGAAUUCCAAUCCCCAACAGCAGCAGCCAGCAGCACGGUCAUCUCCAUCCUUGGCCACGGCUAGUGUCACGCCACCUGUGCGCCGGGGCUGCUUGCAGAAGGUCACGCCUCAUCGACCGGUACCUACUAACUUACAGCCCGGGCCAAUGCUCACGAAUCAGACCAGCGUCCAACGUCUGCAGCCCCCACCGCCUAUAGCUCAAAGGACAAUGCACGCCUCCAAGCAUACGGGAACACCUGGCUCCACGACUUCAGCGGUGGCCAAUGCGAUUAAUAAAAGCGUCAUGCGUGGCCGGAUGUCAGCAGCCGCUUUCUUGGCGCAAAGACAACAGCAGCAACAACAACUGCAACAACAACAGGCGCAGCAACAGUUCAUACUACCUCGACCUAGUUCCGGUCCCACGCCAGGUGCGAGUCCUGCCAAGCAGGUGCCGAAGUGCACAACUAAAGUGCGCGCCCAGCAGCCACCGCUUUCGGGGGCCACGGUCUCGGUGCCAAUCUCAUCCAGCAGCAGUGGGUCGGGAUCUGGCAGCUAUGGACAGCAGCAGGAGCCCAGCUUGACGCCGGCCAAGCCCAAGGAGAAGGCAGUCAUUGACCUCACAGAUGAGGAUGAUGCAGCGGCUGCGGCGGCGGCAAGGGCUGCCCAAGCACAAAUCGAGGCUAACGCUCGUUUGCGUCAGGCAUCCAAUGCGGCGAUUAAGCGGAAUGCUCAGACUGCAGCAGCGAUAAGAGGAGGACGUGGAGGCGGAAAUGUGGUGCGAGCUUCUCCAAUGCAAUUGGCUCGCGUAAAUGCUCGACAGUUAGUCCAUAAUAAUGGAGGAGGUCAGCGAAGUUCCUUGGGCUCAAACGUAACUAUGCAGAUACGUUCGGAGAACACCCCGCCUCCAGCAUCUCGUUUAAGAUACUCACAUCCUGCACCACUGCCCACGUCACCUCCCCAGCCCUUCAAUCCAGCCUGGAAGGUGCCUCCUUCGCGACCCGUUAUCCGGAUUAGUCUCCUUGAGACUGGUAUCGUUAUAUCCUGGACUCUGGAGGAUUCGAGCCCGCGGUUCGCAGAGUGCGUAAUGUACCAGAUCUAUGCAUACCAGGAGACGAUUCACGAGCCCAGCACGGAUAGCUGGCGGCAUGUAGGCGAUGUCAGCGCUAUGUUGCUGCCCAUGGCCGUGACUUUAAAUCAGUUCCAGGAGAACCAGAGGUAUUUCUUUGCUGUGCGGGGCGUUGAUAGCCACGAACGAUUCGGGCCGUUCAGUGUUCCCAAGACCUGGUCGUAGACGGAUUGGUCUGUUCUCUUCCUUAGGUGUAGAUUCUAGUUUUAGUAGGCGAUAUGUAAUUUAUUUUUGUCCUUGGUAAUCCGUUCUCGAAACUAGCCGAAAUGAUCAGUUUACGCCUAAGUUAUACAGAGAUUUUUGAAGAAUUUUUAAGAAGUAAUAAACAAGUUAUGCCAAGCAGCCAAUCCUCUGCAGCCAGUAAAGAACAAAAGAAAACAUUGUAUUUUAUUCUCAAUAGGUUAUUUAACAUAAAUAAGUUCAAAACUUACAUGAAAUAAUACACAAGAUUGAAUAAAUAUCAAAUGAGAAUGGC